CCCGCCUUACUUCCCGCUCUUCAUUCUUACGUCCUUCCCUCUCUCUCGCCAACCCCUUUAGACUCUUUCCACCAUUCUUCAUAUACUCUCUCUUCUCUUCUGCAACUUCAACUCCAUUCUCUCCAUUCUCCAUUUCCAUUUUCAAAUCCAACCACCAUGGACGACGAUGACAAGGACAAGGAGUUGUCCGGCCUCAACUCCCUCCCACCGCACCGCAAAGCCCAUUCCUACAGCCAACAACUCCGCGGCACCUCCACGCACAAACGCCAUCACCAAGUCCGCAAUCACAGCCUCGACGAUAGCCGAAUCUCUCACACCAUUGUCGAUUCCUUCUACGACUCUGACUCCGAUGACGACGACGACUUUUACCCUCCUUCCUCUUCAAAUCUCGCUGCCAAUGCUGAUGAUAAUCUCUCCCAGUAUCAGCCGUUGCAGGAGUUUAUCGGCAGCGGCGGCGGAACCGGCAUUUUCAAGGCGCCGAUUAGAGCGGCUGUUCAUCCCGGACGGCCGCCGUGUCUUGAGUUACGCCCUCAUCCGUUGAGGGAGACUCAGGUGGGGAAGUUUCUCAGGAACAUUGCUUGUACGGAGACGCAGUUGUGGGCUGGGCAGGAAACUGGGGUUAGGGUAUGGGAGUUUCAGAAUGUGUAUGAUCACGGUUGCGGUCUCGGUGGGAGGGUGAGGCGCGGCGACGAGGACGCUGCACCGUUUUAUGAAUCGGCGGAUACCUCGCCUACCUAUUGUUUGACAGUUGACAAUGGGAGCAGGUUGAUCUGGAGUGGGCAUAAAGAUGGGAAGAUUAGGUCAUGGAAAAUGGAUCAAGAAUUUUGUACUCCAUUCAAGGAAGGUUUGUCUUGGCAGGCUCAUAGAGGUCCUGUUCUUGCCAUGGUCAUUAGUGCCUAUGGCGAUCUCUGGUCGGGUUCCGAAGGCGGUGUUCUUAAGAUCUGGCCCUGGGAAUCUGUGGAGAAAUCUCUUUCAUUGUCUCCAGCAGAAAGGCACAUGGCAGCUUUACUUGUAGAGAGGUCAUUCAUUGACCUCAGAAGUCAAGUUACUGUUAAUGGUGUCUGCAGUAUAUCUUCUCAAGAGGUUAAGUGUUUGGUGUCUGAUCAUAUUCGAGGCCGAGUCUGGUGUGCUGGGCCAUUAUCCUUUUCGCUAUGGGAUGCCCGUACGAAGGAACUUUUGAAAGUAUUUAACGUUGAUGGUCAGGUUGAGAAUCGAGUAGACAUGUCAUCGGUGCAGCAGGAUCAAGCAGUGGAAGAUGAAAUGAAGGUAAAGUUUGUUUCGACCUCAAAAAAGGAGAAAUCCCAGAGCACUAGCUUUCUGCAGAGGUCACGUAAUGCUAUCAUGGGAGCUGCAGACGCUGUCCGGCGAGUUGCGACGAAAGGAGCUGGGGCAUUUGUUGAAGAUACUAAAAGAACAGAAGCUAUUGUUCAGACAAGUGAUGGAAUGAUUUGGAGUGGUUGUACAAACGGCUUACUUGUGCAGUGGGAUGGAAGUGGGACGCGUUUGCAAGAUUUUAAUCGCCAUCCCUGCGCUGUUCAAUGCUUCUGCGCUUUUGGAACACGGAUGUAUGUAGGCUAUGUCAGUGGUGUUAUCCAAAUAUUGGACUUAGAAGGCAAUAUAAUUGCAGGAUGGGUUGCUCAUAAUAGUCCUGUGAUUAAAUUGGCUGUUGGCAAUGGCUGUGUUUUUAGCUUGGCUACUCAUGGUGGCAUACGUGGAUGGAAUAUUGCGUCUCCAGGUCCAGUUGACAGCAUAAUAAGAUCAGAGCUGGCCGCAAAGGAACUUAAUUAUACAAGACGACACAAUAUCAGAAUUUUGAUUGGCACAUGGAAUGUCGGCCAAGGUAGAGCUUCCCAAGAUUCACUUCUGUCUUGGUUGGGUUCCAUUGUAUCAGAUGUAGGCAUUGUUGUGAUUGGUUUGCAAGAAGUGGAGAUGGGUGCUGGUUUUCUUGCAAUGUCUGCAGCAAAAGAAACUGUAGGUCUUGAAGGAAGUGCAAUGGGGCAGUGGUGGCUUGAUACAAUUGGAAAGGCCUUAGAAGAAGGAAAAGCUUUCGAGCGAAUGGGUUCUAGGCAGCUUGCUGGCUUGCUUAUUUCUCUUUGGGUAAGAAAGAAUCUUAGGAAACAUGUUGGUGACAUUGAUGCUGGUGCAGUCCCAUGUGGUUUUGGACGUGCAAUUGGUAAUAAGGGAGGGGUGGGUUUGAGAAUCAGAGUCUAUGACAGGAUAAUGUGCUUUGUGAAUUGUCACUUGGCUGCACAUCUGGAAGCAGUUAAUAGGCGAAAUGCUGAUUUUGAUCACAUUUAUCGAAAUAUGGUCUUCAGCCGAUCAUCCAACCUACUUAAUAACGCAGCCGGUAUGAUACCAUACCUGUUCUUGCUUUGCUCUCUUGCCUUCUCCACAUAUUUAUUUUGGCUACUUUACUCUUCUGGCUUGCCAUUGGUCCUCUCUGUUACAGCUGGAGUCGCUACUGCUUCUCAUAUGGUUCGUGGUACAAAUGCUAUGGGAAACAGCUCCGAAGAAGUAAAGCCCGAGUUAUCUGAUGCAGAUAUGGUGGUGUUUUUUGGUGAUUUCAACUAUCGACUUUUCGGUAUAUCUUAUGACGAAGCGAGGGACUUUGUUUCUCAAAGAUGCUUUGAUUGGCUUAGAGAAAAGGAUCAGCUCAGGGCGGAGAUGAAAUCUGGAAAAGUUUUCCAGGGAAUGCGGGAGGCACUCAUCAAAUUUCCUCCAACAUAUAAGUUUGAGAGGCACCAACCAGGUUUAGGAGGGUAUGAUUCUGGAGAGAAAAAGAGAAUUCCUGCCUGGUGUGACAGAAUAAUAUAUCGUGAUACUCGGCCUGCUGCAGUUUCUGACUGCAAUUUAGACUGCCCUGUUGUCUCAUCAAUUUUGCAGUAUGAUGCUUGCAUGGAUGUGACUGACAGUGAUCACAAACCUGUUCGAUGUAAAUUCAAUGUGAACAUUUCUCAUGCUGAUAGAUCAAUAAGGAGAAAGGAGUUUGGGGAAAUUAUGACAUCAAAUGAGAAAAUCCGAUCUAUGCUUGAAGAAUUAGCUUAUGUUCCAGAAUUUACGGUCAUCCCGGAUAAUUUAGUCCUUCAAAACCACGAGGUGUCAUUUUUGCUUAUUACAAACAGAAGUUCUAAGGAUAAGGCUGUAUAUAAGAUCACUUGUGAAGGCCAGUCUAUAGUCAAGAAUGAUGGACAAUCACCUGAUUAUAGCCCAAGAGGUGCCUUCGGCUUUCCUAGAUGGCUUGAGGUCACGCCUUCUUCCGGCAUAAUUAAUCCUGAGCAAGAUGUAGAGGUUUCAAUACGCCAUGAAGAUGUUCAUACAUCAGAAGAAUUAGUAGAUGGCAUACCACAGAACUGGUGGAGUGAAGACACUCGAGAUAAGGAAGUGAUUUUGGUUGUUCAUGUCCAAGGCAGUUCCUCGGUCGAAACUCACAGUCACAAAAUUCAUGCGCGCCAUUGCUUCACAGCAAAGCCAGUUCGAACUGACUCAAAAUCCAACAGUGCUAGAAGAAAUCAAGUAAGCUAACUACAUAAAUUAGUUUGAAAAAUUUAGUAGUUCCACUUAUCUGGUUGAUGAUGUCUUUGCAUUCCAAAGUUUGCCUGAAUGGAAGGAGGGGAAUGCCAAUGACUCAGAUACACAACAAUGUAAGAGGCAUUGUUUAAAUUGUGGCUGAACAUCCAAGAACACUUUUCUGUUAUAAUUGUCAGGACAGGUUAGGUGUUGUCGUAAUCUUUUUAACUAACAGAUGCCUAUUUUACCAGUAAUGGUUAUUCUUGCUACUGUUUUCCCUGAACUGUUAAUUAAAUUACAUUCAGUUCUCUUCUAGUUUUAGAAACUACACGGUUUUUCUUGUCUUGUCUUCACUUGACUUGAAAGUUUUUUCUGAUGAGUGUUUGAAGUCAAUGUAAUUUACUGCAUGUGUUAUCAGUUUAAUGUUAGACGAGUUUAUA